ACACUAAAACCAGUGUUUCUUGCUGUGUUAUAAAGGAUUUGUUUCUCUUUGUUUUUCUGUCUGUGUCACUCUUGUCAUGCUCUGAUUCUUUUUUUUCUGAUUGUAUAAUGAGAAAGAGCAGCUGAAGUGUAGGAUAAUGGGUGACAUAAUGAGAAAACCGUGAAGCUUGGAGAAGCAUUUCAUGAUCCUGAAACCAUUGUGGUUACAUUUGUGGACCAAUUUCAUUUCAACAUUCGUUCUGUGAUGUCUCUCUCUGUCUUCCAUUGUGGUCAUGCUUGUGCCUGUGUGUGUCUGAGGAUUACAACUCGUGCUGCUCCAACAUGGAAGGCACCUUGGACUACGCAGCGGAUCUGUUCCCUCAUCCAGAUUUGUGGCAAAAUGACAGCUUCCUGGUCAACAUGAUGGUUGCUAACACCAGCUCAGUUUACACGGCUAUGAUGUCGCCUAUAAUGGACAAAACAAUCAACAUACUUAUGAUAAUUGUAUUAUUCAUCACCAUGGUUUCACUGGGAUGCACCAUGGAGGUGUCCAAGAUCAAGAGUCACAUAGUGAAACCUAAGGGUGUGGUGAUAGCAGUGCUGGCCCAGUACGGUGUUAUGCCUCUGACAGCGUUUUGCUUAGCUAAGGCAUUCCAGUUGGCUGAAAUUACGUCUGUAGUGAUUCUGAUCUGCGGCUGCUGUCCUGGUGGAAGCCUCUCCAACAUCCUGGCCCUUGCUCUGCAGGGAGACAUGAACCUCAGCAUUGUGAUGACUUCCUGCUCCACGUUGCUGGCUCUGGGCAUGAUGCCUCUGCUGCUGUACCUCUACUGUCAGGGCUUCACUAACCUGCAGGACUUCGUGCCCUACGUCGACAUCACUAUUUCGCUGUUCAUGAUUCUCAUUCCCUGCAGUGCCGGCAUCCUCAUUAAUUAUUACAGGCCGCAGUAUGCAAAGUUCAUCACAAAGGUAGGCCUCACUAUCAUGAUGAUUUCUGUAGUUGGGAUUGGCAUCAUUUCCAGCAUUGCCAUCAGAGGCUCCAUCCUGACAGUGCUGUCUCCUCCACUCAUGGCCAUCGGCUCUCUCAUGCCUUUUAUAGGCUACUCCUUCGGAUACAUCAUCUCCUCGCUGUUUAAGCUCAACCAAGCGGAACGGAGGACGGUCGCUAUGGAAACAGGCUGUCAGAACAUCCAGCUCUGCAGCACUAUUCUGAAGAUGGCCUUUCCCCCGGAAAUGAUCGGCCCUCUGUUUCUGUUCCCCUUGGUCUACGUGUCCUUCCAGAUGAUGGAGGCAGGUGUGCUCAUCGUGCUGUUCUGGUGUUACCAAAGGUUCACAUUCACAGAGAAAGAGACGUACCAGCCAGCUAACGCUGAAGACAAGUUGAAAGUGUCCUCUGAGGGGACUGUAUGAUGGAGGACCAAAGACUCUCCAGCCUGAUGGGGACUAGACAACGCCCUGCAGCUCGCUGAAAGGGCUCCUGCACUACUUGAAACAAAUAAGAUGUAUAACUGUCAGAAAGCAAAGUGAUUUGAGACUGGGAGAAUUCAGAGUAUUUACUUCUGAAUUGUCAGUUGACAACUUGUAAUUGACAAACACAAAACUCAUGAUUUAAUUAAAACGGUUUUAUUGUUUUAGUCAAUUGUCUUCCUAAACCAUACAAACGCCCAUCAUAUUUUUUUUCCCCCCACUGAAAAUAAAAUCCUUAUUUACAAAAAUGUUGCAUUUUCCAAACUCUUGUCUACACGUUCAGUCACCACAGUAACAUCAGUCACAGUACCAACAAGUAUAAUACACACGUAUGUAAAAUCAAAGUCUGCAAUG